UCAACUCUCUCUCUCUCUCUCUCUCUCUCUCAUCUAUGUUGUGUCCUGAACAUAAUACCUAGAGAUCCUUGAACGUUAAACAUAUCUAGCAAAAAUAAGGUACAUAUAUACCUACCUAGGGUAUUUUCUGAAGUUUAGAAGAAGAAAGAUUAAGAUGGUAAGAUCUGAAAAGAAGACGAAACAAAACAAUGGUGAUACCGUUGGGUUAGGAGUCGGGGUGAGGAAAGGACCAUGGACACCCGACGAAGACCGAAAGCUCCUGGCCUACAUCCAACAUUUUGGCCAUGGAAGUUGGCGCUCUUUGCCUGCUAAAGCCGGGCUUAAGAGAUGUGGAAAGAGUUGUCGGUUAAGAUGGACAAAUUAUUUGAGGCCAGAUAUCAAAAGAGGAAAGUUCACAUUGGAAGAAGAAAGAACCAUUAUUCAACUCCAUGCUCUUCUUGGUAACAGAUGGUCAACUAUUGCUGCUCACUUGCCAAGAAGGACUGAUAACGAGAUCAAGAACCAUUGGAACUCACAUAUCAAGAAGAGGAUGACUAAAAUGGGUAUUGAUCCAAUGACCCACAAGCCAAAUAAUGGCACCCAACGCUUAGGCUCCAACCUCAACCACAUGGCUCAAUGGGAGGCUGCUCGGCUAGAGGCAGAAGCAAGGCUUGUUCCGAAGCCAAAAAUCAAGUCAACCCAACUAACCUAUGUUAAUGUUUCACCGCCUUCUAUCCAAAAAACACCCACAAAAGUUCCACCUCCGUAUCUACCAUGCCUUGAUGUCCUUAAAGUGUGGCAAGGGAACUUAUGGUCAAAUUACUCUAUCAACAAUGAGAGUCUACAAUCAUUUAUCUCGACUUCAAAUGUUUCGGUUGCAACACCAGUUAUUCCCCUAUCGAACCAAGUCGAAAGCAAUGGUUCAUGCGAUCAAGGUCCUACCACCGAACACAAUGAUCAAACCGAAACACAAAUAGGACCGUUUGAGGAAAUCAGGUACACUAAUGAUGAAAACUUCAUCAAUGACAAUCUUUUGAGAUCCCCUGAUUUCUGGGAAGAAUUUGUUGUUCCGGACGGUGGUUGGACUAGUGUAGCCAAUAAAUUUGCCAUGAUCUGUACACCACCAGCCUCUCCUGUCUUCUAAUUAAUAAUGGGUGUGAGAAUAGUGAGAGCCUAUAAUACAUAGAUAUAUAUGUACAUAAAUAUAUAUAGAGAGAUAGAGUGAAAAACCCGCGGG